GCGUGUUGGUGUGCCACGUGAACUAUCUAUCUAUUGCGCUUAAGAUCUCUUUUCCCUUUCUUUCUCAUUCCCAUCUCGCAUCAAAUCAAUGGCUGCAACCACCACUCUCUCCUUCCACUUUCCAUAUCGAAAGCUCUCUUCGCGCUCUCAAUUUUCCCUCUCUUCACCUUCUUCCCGCUUGAAAUCCUACACUGUUGCUUCCCGCUACAAUCUCUGCAUCUCCACCACCGCCACCCUCUCUCUGUUGGCUUUCCGAAGCCCAAACUCUCCGACGUUUCUCGCAAAGGCUACUCGGAACACUCAGCCCAUGCUCCCUCCUUUCAACGUUUUGAUUACUGGCUCAACCAAAGGAAUAGGGUAUGCAUUGGCGAAAGAGUUUUUAAAAGCUGGUGACAACGUCCUGAUUUGCUCAAGAUCAGAUGAAAGGGUAGAGGCUGCUGUCCAGAGCCUGAGAGUAGAAUUUGGGGAGCAGUAUGUGUGGGGAACUAAAUGUGAUGUGAGAAAUGCAGAGGAUGUGAAGAAUUUAGUUUCAUUUGCUCAAGAAAAACUGAAAUAUAUUGAUAUAUGGAUCAACAAUGCUGGAUCAAAUGCAUAUAGCUAUAAGCCACUUGUUGAGGCUUCAGAUGAAGAUCUUAUUGAGGUGGUGACAACAAAUACACUUGGCUUGAUGAUAUGUUGUCGAGAGGCAAUCAAGAUGAUGGUGGACCAACCUCGAGGAGGUCAUAUUUUCAAUAUUGAUGGAGCAGGUUCGGAUGGGAGGCCAACUCCUAGGUUUGCUGCAUAUGGAGCAACAAAGAGAAGUGUGGUGCACUUAACGAAGUCCUUACAGGCAGAAUUGAAGAUGCAAGAUGUUAAAAAUGUCCUAGUGCAUAAUCUUUCGCCAGGAAUGGUUACAACGGAUCUUCUCAUGUCCGGUGUUAAUACAAAGCAGGCAAAGUUUUUCAUUAAUGUCUUGGCAGAACCGGCUGAAGUGGUUGCAGAAUACUUAGUUCCAAACAUUAGAUCCAUCCCUGCAAACGGAUCAAAGAAACCAACAUACAUUCGAUUCCUCACCGGUUUGAAAGCCUAUUCCCAGAUAUUUUCAAGAUUGGCAUUCGGAGCAAGAAGGAACCGAUACAUUCUUGAAGAUUGAACUUCAUGAAAGUUUGUGCAAUUUGCUACUUUCAUUUCUAUUUUAGAUGUCAAUUAACCCCCCCUCCCUCCAUUUUUUUUUUUAAAUUUUAAGCCGUUCUUUUCUAUUAUUAUUCUUACUAACUAAAAUUUACAUGUUUUAAGGGUACAUAUAGGUGAUAAACUACCUUUUGGCAAUGAGAGAGAAGUAUUAAAUGAA